AUGGCGUGCAUAACGAACCUCGGAAAGCCGCUGAUCAGCGUCUUCCUUGUAAUGAUCAAGAUAGUGUUGCUGCACCCCGCUGGGAUCAGGGCCCAGGAACUGGGAGCGGUGAUCACCGAGGACAGCAUGAUCCUUGGUGUUGGAGUAGAAGGCAGCAGAGCUGGUGGGACUACUCCUGGGGAGAUGGUAGUCGUUGGGGUUCCGGUUGGGAGCCUCCUUGUCAUGACUACGCACGAAGAUGGAGCCAAGACGAGACUUGGGGCACCGGAUCCACCGAGUCCGGUUCUGCGACUGGCGGCCAGGGGAAUGGCUGCUACAAAGGAGUUCGCCGUCAAGGCGAUGACAACUCAGAGCCUACGCCUACUAAAGAGGAUGGAGAUCCCCGGCAGGGCUUUGGUGGAGGCCGGCUUCCCGAUGGCUGGAGACCCACCGGACUCCCAGCCGACCUUCGCGCACCUCGACACGGCGAGAACUAUGGACGCAGGAGACGAAAAUCUUGGCCAGACGGCGCGAUCCUAUCUCCGGCAGAUAGCAGCCUGGCGCCGCAUGACGCGGAUGGCGCCUGAGACUCAAGGGCUCACCCUCUACCAGCACCUCACCGGGAAGGCAUGGGUCGAGGCCGAACGUCUGAGCGUCGACCGCUUGGCCGAGACUUCGGGAGUGGACUACUUGGUCUCCUGGGUCAAGGACCGUUAUCUGGACGUGGAGAUAACACAGGUUGGUCGCUGUCUUUCAGACUUCUUCCGGAAGCUUCGGAGGAAACCCGGACAAUCUGUCCGAGACUAUCUCUCCGACUUUGAUCGCUGUCUGGCCAGGCUGAACGAGGUUGGUUGUGUUUUGCCAGACCUAGCUGCGGCAUGGGUCCUGGUAGACCGCAUGGCCCUCGAAGAGGGCGCGGAGCUCAAUUUACUGGCCUCAGUCGGUAAUGUGUACAACCUGAAGCUCCUCAAGCAGGCCUCGAUUGUGCAAGACAGGUCCCUCAGGAAACCAUGGGAGACGACCGCCACCAACCGGCCAUGGAACAAGCGACAGCAGUCGGCAAUGAUGGCCGACGCAACCGGGGAGAAUGACGACCACGAGGACUUCCAGGACGUGGCCAUCGACGAGGACUGCGAGGCGGUACCGGAAUCGGUGGCAGCGGAACUCUACGAGGCGUACGUUACCCACGAGACGGCUCGACAGAAGUAUCGUGAUACUCUCAAGAUGCGGGGAACGGACCCGGAUGGAAUGAGGGAAGCUAUGCACCAGAAGCUCCAGGCGGCGAAGCAGCGUUCUUUUUGCUCGGCAUGCAAGCGCAGGGGCCAUUGGCAUCGUGACCCUCAGUGCCCCCUUAACCAAGGCAAAGGCGGCAACGGAAGCGGCGGGUCAUCCUCGGCUGCUACGAGCGGGACUUCCUCUACGACAUCCUCGUUGGAAAAGAACCCCAAGGUGAACUUCCCGUGCCACGUGGUGCAUGUGACCUGGGAUCUUGCGCAGCCCGCCGAGGCCUCCAAUCUCCUCGGCAUCACAGACACUGCCUGCAGCAAAAGCGUGGCCGGGAUGCCAUGGGUCGAGACUUACUUGAAUGAGGCGAAGAAAGUUGGCUUCCGCCCUCCCUUCCUUGAGGCCCGCGAGUCGUUCAAGUUUGGGGCCUCUCGGAUCUUCGAGGCCCUCUACAGCAUCAUCUUGACCUUUGAGGUUGGAGGACAUCCGGUCGUCGUGCGGGUUUCGGUUGUUAAUGGAGAUGUACCCUUACUUCUCUCCCGUCCCGUCCUUGGCAAGCUCGGCAUGAUCAUGGAUGUACAGCGCAACAAGGCCGACUUCCGGGAGCUCCAGGUCCACGACCUGCAGCUGGUCAUCACCGAUACGGGGCAUCCUGCUGUGCCUAUUCGACCGAUCUAUGUAGAGCCCGCCCUCGCCCAAGGCGGUGACUGGGAAGGGACUUUGAGUCCAAGGACCUCACAAGAAGCACCCGAAGAUCCCAACAUGCGCGCCUAUGUCUCUCCCAAGGUCAACAUCGAACGCCCGAUCUUCUAUCCUAAGAAGAAGACGCUAUGGGAGCUCACCAAGGAGGAGCUCAUCGCGGAGGCCCAGGCGAGAGGGCUCCAGUUCCAUCCCAAGUGGACCCUGGGAGAGAUUCGACAAGUCAUUCAGGAGGACCGAGAGGCAAAGACCGGGAGCACUUCCACGGGAGCGCCCCCGCCGGCACUAUCCAAGAUGACGUUGGCCCAGCUCAAGGAUGCAGUCCAGGAAGCCGGGUUGGCGGCACCCGAGCGCCCGAACAAGGCGUCCCUGAUGAGAGUCCUACGGGACAACGGGGGACUCGGAGCGCAGACGAUACUGAGCUUCGGACGGUUCCGCGGAUACAUGUAUCAAGAAACACCGCCCAGCUACAGGAUUUGGGCAAUGAACGAGACCGAGGCCAAUGCGGGGGCGCAAGAGGACCUGAAGAUGUACGCGACGUGGUGCCGCCAGGAUCAGGCAGCUCAGUCCCCUCCUCCGACAAGGCCCUCCCUCUCGGGCUAUGUGGACGCAGAGGACACGGCGACGGUGCCCUACACCCCGGACCCCUUCGAGACGUGGGACAUCGUUGGAAGUCAACCCCGAGACCCGGAGGGCAGCACCGUCGAGCGCAUCAUCGGUGGCUGGGAUGGACCAGGAUCCCGACCCGGGCGUGACCGAGGAGAUCCAGCAGCUGGAACAACGCCUGGCUUUGCUCCGAGACCGCAACGGACUACCGCCGAGGACGCUAUGAAGGAAGACACCGACAACGCCAAGCCCGACCAGGACGAGAUCUUCCACGAGUGCGAGGAGGAGGCUUCUGUGACGAAGGGGGAUAUCUCCGAGGACGCCAACACCAAGGAACAGAACCCCGCGAAGUAUACGCAGGAUCCCAGCUUCGGCAACUUCUACAAGGAGAUCCCCAAGGAACAGAACCCCGCGAAGUACACGCAGGAUCCCAACUUCGGCGACUUCUACAAGGAGAUCCCCUAUGGCCAGAACCACGAGUUCAAGGAAUACGAGAAGGGACUCGACUACAGCACUGGAGCCAGGGAACAGAACCCGGCGAAGUACAGGCAGGAUCCUCGUGGCCAUGGCGUUCAGUCUAGGGAACAGAACCCAGCGAAGUACAGGCAGGAUCCCCGUGGUCAUGGUGUCCAGACUAGAUCACAGGACGACUCAGGACGUGUUCUCGGUGACCUUGAUCUCUGCGGAAUAGAGGACGAGUACGAGGCCGCAUGCAUUGGCGCAGACAUCUCCGCGGGAGACGGCGACAAGGCAGUCCAUGAGUCCAUGUCCACCUACGUGUACGGAGCCGAAGGGAGAAACGAUGGCAAGGCAUGUGAGAACCUUGCCAAGGAGUUCUUCAAGGACAAGCGCUUCAACUACAAGGACCUCACGCAGAUCCUGGAGGUCCUUCCCAUGAAAUCUACGAGACGACAUCGAGGAGCGUGCGGGUACGACACCGAAGAGGUGAAGUCCUUUCUCGGAGGAAUGUGGACCCAUGGCGGAUUUUGGGGCGAAUCUCUACAGACGAAGGCUUUCCCUUGGACGGUCAAGUACAUCAACAAGGCUAUGCGCGAGCUCUCCGGCGACGCUUGGGGCAAAACCCCACCUAUGUGGACCUCUCUCAUCAUCACCAAGAAUGUGAAGAUGCGAGUUCACAAGGAUGCACACAACAUUCCCGGCAGCAGCGUGCUGACUCUCACCCUCGGCAACUUCUCAGGAGGGAACUUAUGGCUGGAGAGUUCACCAGGAGACGGCAAUGGGGAGACCGCGAUCUACGACGACCACGGCCAGGAAAUCGCUGGGAUUUCUAUUUCCACCAAGGAGCGGCCUUACGUUUUCGAUCCGAAGAAGAAGCACGCCACCGAGCAAUGGGAAGGAGAUCGUUGGUGCAUUUCUUGCUUUGCUACAAGAGGUGCCAGUAGAGCGAGCCAGGACGAACGUGAUUCACUACGAGCCUUAUGUUUCCCACUACGUGGCCUUGAUUCACUCCUCACCACAAAGCCCGACGACUACGUCAAGGCCGAGCGCCCAGCAAAGAGUACGAGAAAAGGAAUGUGGAAGGCCGCCAAGCGUCUGGUGGCUCUCACAUCGGUGUGUACGGCAGCUGCUACGACCUACACCACGGAGAUCCUCCCAGCCCCGCGGGGAAAGGACGCAGUUGCCCUCUUUGAAAUUGGCGGAUGGACAAAAACUCUUGAAGCCGGCGAGUACGACUUCAUGACUGCGGAACCCAUCUUACCCGAGGACCUCUACAAGGACAACUUCGUGGACAAGCUCAACGAGACGCUCAAGGUCUUCUCCCCGGCGACCAUGUGGAUCCACGGCGGGAUCGUCGCCGGAAGGCUCAGCGACAUCGAGAAGGCCGCCAGUUGGCAGCUGAAGCAAGGACGAGCUGUUGUGUUGGAGGCCCCAGCCGAGGCAGCCAUGUGGAGCGGACCAGAGGUGGAACGUCUUUGUGAGGAGGGCAGCCUACUCAAGGAGGAACGACGCGGAGGACGAAGAGAGCUGAGGAUUAAUGUUCCGCAAUCCCCUCAGCCCUUUAGCAAGGACGAGGAUGUCGAGCCUGUUGCGGCUUACUUUUCUUCUACUGUCGACGCCCGCACUGAGGACGCCCUUCACGAGGCCUACGCCGUGUCCCGGAUCCCCGAAGGCGCUACGGAGGACAGAGACCAGGCUCAACGCGGAGCCAGCGCAAUCUCUUUCGAGAAUGGGAAGGAGAUCCCUCCGGAGGUCAGGUCCUCCCUUAAAAGGCUUCACCAGAAUCUGGCACACCCCAGUCGCGAGGACCUGUGCAGGCACUUGAGGUUGGCAGGUAGCAGCCCCGAGAUCCUCGAUGCAGCCAAACGUCUUCGGUGCCAAGUUUGCGAUCGCCAUCACCGAGGCAAGUCUGCUAAGCCGAGCUCUUUGCCAUCCCUCCUGGAGUUCAAUCAACUUGUUGCAGUAGAUGCCUUUUCGGUCUACGACUCUCAACACAAGAGGGUCGAGUUCCUGAUGAUCAUCGACCUGGGCACUGGAUUUUGUGUGGCUAGGGAGCUCGAAGGACACUCCGGGCAGGCUCUCGAGAAGGUGUUCUGCGAGGCAUGGGCGACCACUUUCGGUCCGCCCGGGACUCUAAUCCUCGACCUGGAAACAGGGCUUCAGGCCGGAUUGGCAAGAUUCAGUGAAUGGCACGGCACCUGGAUCCGCCCCAUUGCAGCACAGGCGCAUUACCAGCAGGGAACUGUGGAACGGUGUAUUCGAUCCUGGAAGCAGCUCUGGGAGAAAGUGUGUGAUGAGAAAACGAUCACCCACGAGGAGGGAGCAAUGGCCGCCACCGUCAUCAAUUCGGCUAUGAACUCUUUGAGAAGAAGUUCCGGAACAAGCCCGGCACAGGCCGUGUGGGGCCGAGAACCUCGUCUUCCUGAAGAUCUUUCCCAACCGGCCGAGGCAGACCACUUCGAAAGUGUUCUUUCCCGAGACCGACUUCGAGCACGAGAGUUUGCGCUUCGCAACGCUGCCCGCACCGCCUACUACAAGUGCCAGAGCGACUCCACCCUUCGUCGAGCUCUCAACCAUAGAUCUCGUGUGGCGGGCCCCGAACUCACCACGGGGGAUCAUGUGUUCAUCUACAGGAAGCCGAAGUCUCAGAAGCACUGGGAAUGGUUUGGACCUGGAGUUCUCAUUGGACGGGAAGGCCCGAACUGGUGGGUUUCAUAUUCAGGUCGAUGCCAUCUCACCGCCCCUGAACAUCUUCGUCUGGCGAGUGGAGAGGAGAUCGGAGCUGCUUUCACGCUCCGAGCCUCGCAGGACGACCUCGAAAAGCUUCUUGAGGCUGACUUUGGAACCGAGGACAUCUAUGUUGAUGAUCUCCAGGAGGCCCAGAUGAUCGAGGACGAUGAUGAGGUGAUGAUCGACCAACACGAAGACGGCGGACAAGUUCUCGGAGCACCCGUACAAGGCGAUCACAAACGAGACGCGGGAGAUCCACGCGUUCCCUUGGUCACAAAAAGGGCACGAAGGAAGGGGCCCGGAGAAGGUCCACCACCAGGCCCGUCCGACCAUCCGCCUGGUCAUUCGGCUCACAUGGCAAAGUUUGCCAAGACCGCGAGGGGGCGCGAGAAGGCUCUCGAGAAGGAGAUCCCCUGGAGUCUGAUACCCGGAGAGGCCCAGUCGCUCUUCAAGGAAGCCGAAGACAAACAAUAUCAAGAACACCGCCAACACGGCGCCCUCGAGCCCAUGUCGUUGGAAGAGAGUCGCGAAGUGACCAGGACAAGGGGAGACAGGGUGCUCCCGAGCAGGUUCGCUUACCGCGAUAAGAAUUGGAGCAAACGGAGAGGGGACCCCUCGGUCCCUUGGAAGGCCAAGUCCCGCCUAGUUAUUGGCGGGCACCGGGACCCGGACUUGCUCAAAGGGUUGAACACCCAUGCCCCGACUAUAUCCAGGCAAGGGAUUCUCCUCUUGCUCCAGGUGCUCGCGAGCAACCUCGACCAUGGAUGGACCGGACACGCAGGCGACGUGACAGCUGCAUUUUUAUCCGGGGAAACCCUCACCCGGGAGCUUUUCCUCAAGCAGCCGAGGACCGGAUUAGGAGGGUUGCACCCAGAGCAACUGUUGCGGAUACGAAAGCCGAUCUUCGGCUUAGUGGAUUCGCCGGCAGCAUGGUGGCAGAAGCUCAGCAGCACUCUGAAGGAGACCGUGAUCACCGAUGACAAGAACAUUAAAUGGGCUAUCCGGCAGUGCGAGUUGGACAACUGUAUCUUCACCGUACAGGAGAUCCUGACUGAUGAGAACGGGAAGGUUACCUACGGUAAGCCCCAGGCCUACCUCGGAGUGCACGUCGAUGACAUCCUUCUCGUGGGGAAGAACGAUCUCUGCGAAUGCGUGAAGGCUGAGUUGAGCCGACAGUUUCCUAUCGACGAGUGGGAGACAGGUUCUUUCGACUACGUCGGCUCCUACAUCGACAUCCAGCCCGACCGGAUCAAGGUGAGUCAGGAGUCCUACGUCAACACGCGCCUGUUCACGAUCGACAUCGAGAGAGGCGCUAAAGACUGGGAGCCUGCAUCCGAGACCCAACGCUUGGACAACAUGUCGCUGAUCGGGGCCCUAUCGUGGCUUGCAUCACAAACUCGUCCCGACUUGCAAGUCGGAGUUUCCAUGAGUCAGCAAUGUCAACGGGAACCUUGCAUCGGCGACCUCCGCUUCACCAACCUCUUGGCGCAAAGGGCACUCGAGCACCAGCAGGAAGGCGUCUACAUCUAUCCCGUCGACUUCACCGACAGCAUCCUCCUGUGCUACCACGACGCUGGAUGGGCAAACUGCCCGCAGGACCAGGAGGACCCCUACUACGCGCUCACAGUGGACGAGGAGAAGAACGGAGUUAUCCACGGAGCUCCCUACGGACUCCUCGGACGCAAGGCCAAGAAGGCCAACUCUUCAAUAGCAUCGCAGCUUGGGUGCCUGUUUGUCUUUGGGAACAGAUCGAUCCUCAGAGGAGAUCGGACCAAGAUGAGUGUGCUGGAUUGGAAGAGUGGAGCCUGCGAACGAGUAUGUCGAUCAACGUUCCAAGCGGAGACCAUGGCCUGCGCCUACGGCAUCGAGACCUCCGAGUACAUCCUGAAGUUCCUCCAGACCCUCCUAGACGGAGAAUUGGUGAGAGGGGCUACUUCUUUCAGUGCACGGUUCGUGAGCGACUGCAAGAGUCUCUACGACCAUUUGAUGCGAGAAGGGAUCCCGAGGGUCCCAACCUGCAAAAGGCUUGCCAUUGACUUGGCUUCGAUAAGGUGCGAUUUACGCCUCUUCGGUAAGAUAGCAUGGACACCGACCGAAGCACAGCUUGCCGAUCUACUCACCAAGCCUCUCAAGGCUGUACAGUGGUGGAAAGAGAUCAAACUUGGCAUAAAGUUGACUUUCAGAGAGCAGGAGAAGAUUUUGAACCAGUGUAAAUCGAGGAUUGAGUCUUGA